AUGUGUAAUGGUGUUGGACGCCGUUUCGUUUUUACGACAACAUUCAAAUUUGUGGCAAUCGAUAUCAUGUAUUUACAGUUAAUAAGACACGAAUUUCGAUUUGUAUAUAUCAUGUUAUACAUAGGAUGAAAUUUGGUGGCAUCAAUGACAUCGGACGUAGUAAAGGAUAGAAAAAGAACUGCAGGAAUAGUUGCUCCUGUAAGCACUGUAACUUCUGUAGCGGUAACUGCAGUUCUACCAGCUGUGGCUGCAUCAGGAGAAAGUGCGGUAAAUGUAGUGAUCGAAUAUGAAAUACCUCCUUGGGCAGGAAGACCACCGAGUGGAUGUCAUCUUGAUGUUUUGAAAGGUGACCAGUUGAUCCAAAAAUUGAUGGUUGAUGAAAAGCGUGCCUAUUUCUUUGGACGUAAUCCGAAACAAUGUGAUUUUGUAGUGGAACAUGCAUCGUGUUCCAGAGUGCAUGCCGUUUUGAUUUAUCAUAAAUUCCUGCAACGAUUUGCACUUGUAGACAUGAAUAGCUGCCAUGGUACCUUUGUUGGUAAAGUUCGCAUCGAACCAAAGCAACCAAUUUUCAUAGAUAUUGCCAGCAUAUUUCAUUUCGGUGCUUCUACAAGGAGGUAUAUAUUGCGGGCUAAACUUGAUUCGGGCAAUGAUGAUGAUGAAGGAAAUAAAGAUUUGCUACCAGAGGAACAUGAGCUUGAGAAUCUAACGGAGUAUAACACAGCGCUAAAUAGACGAAUACCAGUCAUACCGAUUUCACUGGAAGAUGCGCGGCGAAAAAAAAGACCACGUGGCAAUGUUGCGUUUAUUGAAGAGGAAACCAUAAUUAAUCCAGAAGAUGUUGAUCCAACAGUGGGACGUUUUCGAAAUUUGGUCGCUACUGCAAUUAUAUCAACAAAACGGAAGCCUCUGGGCGAAGGAAUUGAGCAAACUAAGGAAGGCCCUACCCAGAAAAAGAUUCUAAGGCCUGGACGCGUUGAUGAUUACAAAAAUACAAGAUAUGUACAGCCAAUGAUUUCAAGUUUGUCGAUUGUUAUGAAUGCUGCCCCGGAUUUGGAGUUAUAUGCGAAAAGUUUGCCGGAACCUACCUCUGGACAUGUUGGGCCUUUUGUUCAAGGAACACAUCGAAUACAUGACGAUGAAGAUGGUGAUGCGCCUCACAAGAAGAAAUAUGCCAAAGAAUCGUGGCCAGGCAGAAAAUCGAAUCAGAGCCGAGUUCUGGCAUAA